AUGUUCUUCUCCAUUUUUGGGCCAAUAGAGCGAAAGCUUCGCUUUAUCGAAGAGGAGCUGCAACAAAUUCCAGGCGUGCAGAUGAGGAAAACAGGUUGCGAUUCCUUUCUGGAGCAUGCCCACGAGUACAAGCUGGAACAUGUGGAGUUGAACAUCUCCCAUGUUUUCAAAUCCUUCGUGGACCUGAAAGAAAGCAGCGCAGAAUUGAUGCGGCGACGAACCAAAGCGCUGGAAGAAAGCCACGUGCUUCGCGUGGCAUCCCUCACUUUUACAAACAAGGCCCGCCAGAAGGUUCCCCGAAAAUGCAUGCGCUGCGUCUAA